CACCAAUUUAUAAACAGAACAUACAAAAAACUAUAGGUACUGAGUAUUAAAUUUGUAUAAAUUUACGACUUGAGUUCCACUUGAGAUGAACUAAUUUAUGGUUUGACCACUCUUCAAAAAAUUUUAUGACAUCCUUUAUACUUAAAGUGUCGUGUGUGUUUUUUUUUUGUGCAGACAUAAGUGCAUUUUAAAAAACAAAUCUCAUUUUUCAGCAUCACGCAAUUCAAAUGAAAAAUAUUUUCACACUUCUUUGUGUGACGGCGUGGAUAUCGGUUUGGGUACGGGUGAAGUGUGUGUUUCGUUUUAGUCACAGAAUUGAAAAUAGUAAAAAAGCUGCAUUGUUUUAAUUUUCCAAAUAUCGGCCGAAUUCAUUAAUGCAGUGAUGCUUUUGCAUCAAAAAAUAAAUCUGGUAAAGAUUUAUGUUGUGAUGCAAAGGCAGUGAUUUGUGAUUUCAACCAUUAUUUUCAUUUGUAGUCUUUAAAUUCAUAAAUAUUAUAGAGACCAAAAAAAAGUGUUUGUUCAAAAUUAAUUCGUUUAAUUAAAACAAUAAUAGUACAACAAUAAUGGAAUUCAAUUCAAUUUUGUUAAAAUUAUUAUUUUUUUGAGUAUUAGAAUUUACUUUGAUUUGUCAAUUUAUUACAGGACAUCUUUUUUGUACACAAUGAGGGACAAGUUGAACAUGGAAAUUUCGCCAAUCCGGCAAAUGAAAAAUCUUACAAUUGAAGCCAGGCAUACACUAAGUCUAGAACAAUCCAAAAAGAAACGACAACAAUUUGAAAAUAGUCUAUUUUUGCCAAACAACAAAAAACGCAAAGACGUUCUAAAAAAAUUCAACACAAAAACCAAAUCGUAUGCAAAAAAAACUGUGCCAAAAUUUGUUACCAAAUCAUUAAAUAAACUACCUGUACAAAAUCAAUCAACUACCAAACAAACUGAUUCUUUAUCAAAAACUUCUGAUAAAGCUGAUAAAAGCUCUUCAAUGAAGGACAAAAAUUCUGUGAAUUCAGAAAAAUGCAACAAAGAAAUUGUUGCAUUAGAAAAAAAAGAAAGAGUUGAAGAAAAAAUCAAAGAAAUUAAAGAAAAAAUCAUAGAAAACAAGAAAACUUCUUUAAAAAAAUCAACUGAUGACAAUCCAUUUCCCAGCUAUGUUUCAUUUCGAACUAAAGGAAAUACAAUCAAACUUGUGCAAAAUAAGUCUGAUAAAAAAACUAAUGAAUCAACUAGCUCUAGCGAACUUGAACAAUCAUCAGAAGAGUUAAAAUCUACGAGUCAGGAACUAGAUAAAUUCAAUGUUUCAUCAUUUUCUUCAGAAAAUUCCGAUGAAGUCCCUGAUGAGUCAUCAUCGAAACCAAGUGGAAGUAAAAGUGCUGCGGUUCUGACAAAUGAUCAAAAUCAAAUUUCAUUAGCAGACGAAAUAAUUGAUUUGACAGAAGUUUUAACAUCAUCAACACCAGAAUCCAUUACCGAAAAAGAAGAUGAUUUACGAUCUAUCGAAACAUCUACACCGUCCACAGUAGAAUUCGUUUUGGAAAAACCUCAAGCCUCAUCUGAACCGAAAAUAAUUUCAAACGCUUACUCAAAGUUGUUAGCUCGAUCAGCUUCAGUAAUAACCAUUCACAGUAGUUCUCCAAGCUUACCAUCAAAUUAUUCCAAUAGCAUGGAAUUUUUAAUGCAAUCUGCUGAAAACAGUCAAUGCGCUUCGGUAUCGUCUGAAUGUUUGGAAACACCAGCAGAGCCUCCAAAAAUAGUUUCCAACAUCGCUAACAAUGUGAAUAUAAAUACCCCAAAAGUUCAACAUCCAAUAGAGCCAAAGAGAGUCGAACUAUUGAGAGCAACAGCUCCGGAACCAUUUGGUUACGUUGUACGCAGUGAAAUUUUGCCUAACAAAUUUACACCAAGAAGGUCUCUUUUACUCCAAGAUUCUUAUAUUCAAAGUACUACUCCAUCGACAAAUGUUCGGUAUAAUAACAACGAACCACUUGAUAUGUCUAAGCAAGAAGAAGCCAGAAGAUCAGUUUCGAACACUCAGCAACAAUCUGUGUUGCAAACACCCACAAAGGUCAGUGAAAAUUUUGCAUUGAAUCGAGGAACUUCAACUCCCAUUGAAUCGAAGUCUUCUGAAACCCCAGAUAUGCCUAAUUUUAGCAGAUUUUUUGCUUCAUUUUCUCAGAAAAGUUCAACUAGUAACACAUCGGGGUCAGGAACUUCAUCAGCAACAACUAUGUUUAGAUGGACUGCUGAACAACAAACAACUUCAGGUUCAAUACCUCAAAUCCGUCAUCAUGACGAAUCUAAUGUUUCGAAUGGCCAAGAUGUCAGUCAAGCAUCAACAUCAUUUCACAGGCCAAGUCCUGAAAAAGGAAGGUCUCAUCUUGCAGGAUUACAUCGAAUGAACACUGAUACGAAAAAUUCAGUUACUAAAAAUGGUAACGAAGCCUCCUCCAAAGUAGAAUAUAAUUCACUUCAGAGUUCAAGUGCUUCUACAAAUCAAAGCUCUGAAAUUCAACAACAAUCUAAACUACAGAAUUUCGAAAGAAGAAUGAACACUCUACCAAGUACUAACAGAUAUUUUGAACCGUUUUACUUGCAAAGAUCACAAGUUAUUGGGGCAGAUGUUAAGUCACAAACUUUGUGGAAUAGGCAAGUUCCAACUCAACAAUCCAUGCAAGUGGCUAGCAAUGAUGCAAAUGUUAAUAAAUCAACUUCGUUCAAUAGGCAGUAUGUUCAACAGAAUUCACAGAUGCAAGUUCCAAUUGCACAACACAUGCAAGUUGCUCAAGAAAAACCACCGGUGCAAGUUGCAAGUCCACAAUCCAUGCCAGUUGCUGGCAAUGGUGCAGGUGUUCAGCCACAAACUUUGUGGAAUAGGCAGUAUAUUCAACAGAAUCCACCGGUGCAAGUUACAACUGAACAAUCCAUGCAAGUUGGUAGCAAUGAAUCCCAUCUAAGGAGCCUACACCGAACCGUGCAAGUUGCAAGUAAUGAUAUGUAUUUUAGGCAGCCAAUACAAUCCAUGCAAGAUGCAACCAAUGAAACAGUUCCAAGGGAACCACCACACUUUGGCUUGCAACUUGCAACGAUUCGACAGCAUCUAAGGAAACCAUCACAAUCUAUGCAAGUUGCAACAAAUGAACCACCAAAUUCCAUGCAACUUGCUACAUUUGGGCAGCAUUUUAGGGAACCAUCGCAAUCGCAAGUUGCAACUAUUAGACAGCAUGUUAGAGAACCACCAAACAUGCAAGUUGAAACUUUUGGACAUCAUUUCGGAAAACCGUCCAUGCAAGUUACAAAUAAUGAAACCAAUAUAAGGUCACCACAGCCAAUGCGACCUUCAAUCAUUAAUCAACAACCAAGAGAACCAAUUCAAGUUGCAACAAAUGAAGCACAUCAAAGUAGACAGCAACUAACACCACCAAGAAGUUUUCAAGAAGAAGCACCACAAAUUGAUGCCCCGAGAGCUUGUGGAAUAGGUUGUCCACAUCAUAAUUUACAUGCUUGUGUCGAUCCAACUAAAUGUUGUUUAACUAAACUUACAAUCAACCACGCCAAUGCUCUCAAUAAUACUCCUCCACCUCCUCCAGAAAUAGAACCAACACCAAAACGUCGUAGGCGAAAUAGAAAAAGUAAAACAAAUGUAUCCACAUCAACAGCAACAUCAGAAAGUCCUAAACCAGAUUCUCGUCCAAUGACACCAAAUAUCAACAACAAUCAAUCUUUUCGUAGGCCCAAUCAUUCGCCUCAACCUAAUGUGUUUAUAAGUCCUUCUAAUUCAAGAAAUCAACAUCGAUUUGCUCCCUAUCCAACAAUUCAGCAACAGAAUAUGUUUCCAAAUAAUAAUCCAUAUAAUGGUCAAUCAGAAUAUUAUGGUUAUUCACAAAAUAAUGAAUCUUCUAAUAUUUAUGGAAAUCAUCAACAUCAUCAAUCUUCUCAUCAAUAUCACCAAAACCAUCAACAUCCAUUUGGUUAUCAAGGAACAGGAAAUGGACAAGUUUUUCAAGAUUCUAGAAACUACCAAUGUCCUAACUCAAUUAACAAUAACCUUUCGAGAUAUAAUUUGAAUAAUCAAAAUCCUUACUUGAGUCAGUAUAAUUCGUUAAUAGCUGAGCCAUCACGAAAUCAUCAUCAUCAAUCAUCAAAUGAACAACAACAACAACAUCGUGGUGUUGAAACUAAUCAAUGGAUAAAUGCUAGAUAUCAAAACUAUUUGAAAACCGGCGGCGGUGGUGAUAGAAAUGAAACGGUUUCUAAUCAGCCAAGACCUCAAGAGGCAAAUGUGGGAACAAGUGGAACAGGUGCAGUUAAUACGGACGCCUGGAUGAGAGCAAGAGCUGAACAAGCAACUAGACCUGCUCCACCUCCAUAUGCAUAUAAUGAAAGGAGUAUUGAUUUAGUGCUAUGUAAUCUUAAAGAGUUUAUGUUGAAGGGCAAUCAGCAGCCUUCAGAACCGAUACCUAGACAAAAUUCUCAGCCUUAUCAACCAUGGCAACAAAUGACAAAUAAUGUCCAACAACAACCAACAAUUGGAAAUAAUCCAAUGCAACAUCCAACAAAUUCGGGUAUGGGUUGGGGACAAUAUAAUCAUCAAAGGGAAAUGGAGGGAAAUACAGGUAAGAGUCUAAAGUUUUUAUAGUUAGAUUAAACUUGGUUAAUGUUUGAUUUCAAAACAGGUUAUCAAAGGAACAAUGUUAACCUACAACAGCACUCUACGAGGAUGGAAAACAACCUAGUAAACCAACAACAACGUUUACAACAACAUAUUUAUACACAUCAAAUUAAUGCUGCAGACUCUACAACUGGUGGAAACUCAAAUUCAUUAGAAUUCAAUCCAUUAAGAUCAUUUCGAUCAAAUCAGCAUUUUAAUAAUGAACAAUCAAAUCCUUUUCCGCCACUACCAGAACACUAUAAUAAUUUGUAUUAAUUUAAUCUUAAGUAUAACAUACAUAUUUUUGUAUGAUAUAAUUAAUUAUUAUUUUUAUUAUUUUUUAUAUAGGUAUUAUUUCUCAUUACAUAUUUUUAUAGUAGGUAUAUAAUUUUUUUAACAAACAAUAUUAUGAAACAACCUCUCAUAUUACUUUUUUCGGCAAAAUUCCAGUAAUUCCUGGUGUUUUGGCUUCCUAUUAGAUUUUUACUGACUUUACUGCAUUGUCUCAAUAAAAGACAAUUUUUAAAACAAAUCUUAAUAGUGUUUGAAAGUUUUGAA